AUGCUUUUAGCGCCCCAUGCCAUGCGCUUACAGCGCUUGCUCUGCGCGUGCAAGGCGAGCGUGGAUGUGACGAUGGCCGCGACGUGCCCCUGGCGAUCUCGCGUGAUGACGUGCCAAGUCCAAGAGCUUGUCACCGUUGAGGAGACGUACACGCACACAACACCGGCUCGAGCUCCCCGCAAGCCCGUGCUGACUCCUCAAAUGAAGAUCGUCGUGGUGGACUGGGCUCAGCAAGGCCUCAGGCCAAAACGCAUCUGGAACAUGAUUCUACAGCACUUCAAUCUCAACGAAUUGGCGGCGCCAUGGUUUACCGGUCACGAGGAAGAGGCCGUCACAUUCACGUUUACGACGCACAGUGAUGCGACUGGCCGCCCGGUGACCGGAAACGGGAGCGACGCUGACCCUUUCGUGCUGGAUAUCAGCUCCAAAAACAAUGCUUCAGCACGACGCUUCCACCUACAGGCGAUUUUUAUCGUCUCGCAGCAGCAGCAGCACGCCGAGGUGCUUGCUCUGCUGCGAUUUAUGUUUAAGGAUGUGACUGCCAAGCCGCUUCGUGUGCGUUACGUCAUGGGUGACGCCGACGCAGCCCAGUGGAGUGCUGUGGACGAUGUUUUCGGUGCGGGCAGCGAUUACGUCUAUCUGAUGUGCUACCUUCACGUGACUAAGAAGGUUUUCGAGAAAACCCGCUCGAUGCGCACGGACACGACAGCGGCCGUGAUGAGUGACAUCCAUGACUUGCACUUCGCAAGAAAUGACGAGGCUUUUGAGGCGGAGCUAGCCAAGGUGCAAGAAAAGUGGGAGAUGACGAAAGAGUUGAAGAAGUGUUUCGGCUACUUUUCCAGGGUGCGGUUGAAUCAGCGCUUUCGGCGUUGGCAGUGCUUCCACACACCGUGUGGUUUUGGUACCACAAACAAUCCAUGCGAGACCUACAAUGCUGCAGUCAAGCGGGACGUGACGUUGCGCCGCAAGCUGAAGAUUGGCGCCCUGAUCCCCCAGUUUCUCACGCUCUGUGAAAGUGAGGGUAUGACUGCAAGGACGUUUGCGACGGUCUAUGAGCUCGAUGCUAAGCUGGUGAGGCGCACUCGAGCGAUGACACAUGCCGACUUACUCUCGCUACACUCUACGAUGAAAAGUAGCAUCGCAUUUCUUCUCUCGGAUAGCUCAAACGAAGACCAGGCGGAUGUGGUGAGGGUUUUGAGCUCUCCAGCCCCGCGCGUGUAUAACGAGACGCGGCGCAGGACACAAAAAGAUCUCCAUGUGUCAUCUCAGCCCAACAAGCUCACUGCUAGCAUGGAAACACGCGCAAUGCCUACGCCAGGAUGGGCAGUGAACAUGAAAGACAGCUCGUGCCCCUGCAACUUCUGGAUCAACUAUGGGUCCUGCAUUCAUGUACUUGAUGGUAUGGAGAUCCGAUGUACUACUGACCAGAUGGGCAGGGAGACGUUGGUGAACCGCAGCGCUAGCACUCGAAAAGGCACAUCGGCUAGGGUGGGGAGGCCCAAGAAGAACAGACAAGCUUGA